CACACCCACUGGGAUUUAAACAUCUCCUUCCGAGAGACCUCUUGCAGCCGUGAUAACGACCUCUCCACUAUCAUCUCCAACCUGCAUCAGAGCCGCCAGCUCGUUAUGCCAGAGACCCAGAGCCGCUGUGAAUUCAAGAGGAACAGCGUGGAUGUUGGCUUGGGAGCUGCAGAUGACAUUUUAGGCAAGAGAAGAGUAUGCUCUCCCAACAGCAGCAGUGAGUGCCCGUUAGAGAGCAAGAAAGCCCGAAGUGAGUCCCCAAAGGAAAACUCCCACACGCCUCUGCUGGAGGACUCAGUGACUCAGAUGACCCCAGAGGAGCACUACAGGCGCAUGAUGUCGGCGCUGAAUGAGCACGGCACGUUUGAGGAGCAGCAGCAGCAGCGGCUCUACCAGCUGGCCAACAGCAUGGCAGUGCCCAGCCACGGAGAUCUCCUCCGGGCUCGGCAGGAGGUGGCGGCGGCGGCGGCUGCGCGGAACCCGGGAGCGAUGGAAGCUCACAUCCCCACUGCCGGCAAUUCGUCCUCGCAACGCAGGAAGCAGGGCCUCCCCCAGCACAGGGACAGCCACUUCCCCGACAGGGAGAUAACCCACCCACCGCCUCUGCUCUCGCCCCAGAACGCUCCCCAUAUUGCCCUGGGGCCCCACUUGCGACCUCCUUUCCUCGGGGUGCCUUCAGCCCUGUGCCAGACACCAGGUUACGGGUUCCUACAGCCGGCACAAGCAGAGAUGUUUGCACGGCAGCAAGAGAUGCUACGAAAGCAAAACCUGGCAAGGUUGGAGAUGUCGGCUGAGAUCAUCCGCCAGAAGGAGCUGGAGAACCUUCACCGGCAACGACUGCUGGCCGGUGACCCUCUAAGCCUGCACCCCGGCUUGCCCCCGGACCACCCCGCCCUGCGCAACGUGCACGACAUCCCCGAGGGCCACCCGCUGCGGGACGAGCUGUCGCGACGCAACGCCAUGCUGGUGCUGCGGCACAACAACGCACCGCUGCUGUCCCUCAACCCCAGCAUCCCCAGCAGCUCCACGCCGCCCAAGGAACAGCCGCGGCGGGGCAGCCGGAAGGCGGCACAUCACCGUGCCGAGCCGCAGGGAACCAGCGAGGCCAAGGAAGCGGCGGAGCCGAGGGCGCGGGACGGAGCACAGGACUGUAAUGACGAGGAGAUGAAGGACUCGGAGAGCGACGCCGACGUCAGCGAUGAGAAAGCGGAGAGCUUGAAGGCAGAGAGCAGCGGCUCAGCCACGGAGCUGAAGGAGUGCAAAGAGACGGGCAAAGGGUGCGAGGGGGGCAAGGAGCUGGGCGAAGGGACCGGCAGCCAGAAUGCGCCCUGCAGCUCCUCCAGCGCUGAGUCCCCCAGCCACCUGCUUGGUGCUGGCAUCAACAAGAGCGAGGUGAAGUACCUGCCGCCAGCCUCCAUCCCGCCGCCUCAGCCUCUGCCUUUCGGCUUCCCCUACACCAUGAGCCCCUACUUCCAUGCAGGCACUAUGGGAGGUCUCUUUCUGGAUGGCGAUGAGAGCCCAGCACUGGAGGACAUCAGCAAAUGGACGGUGGAGGACGUGUGCAGCUUCGUGUCCAACCUGGCGGGCUGCACUGAAUACACUCAGGUAUUCCGUGAGCAGGCCAUUGAUGGUGAGACCCUGCCCUUGCUGACAGAGGAGCACCUGCUGAACAACAUGGGGCUGAAGCUGGGGCCAGCACUGAAGAUACGCUCACAGGUGGCCAAGCGAGUGGGCAGGGUGCUCUACAUGGCUGGAUUCCCCAUGGCUUUCCCCCUGCAGCCCCCAGGGCUCAGGCCACCAGAGAGGGACCUUCCUCCAGCUGAGCUGCGGCCCUCAUCCACGGGCAGCGUCUCCUCCCCGUUCAGCAGCGCUCUGCCUUCCGCCAGCCGCAUCUCCCCCAAGCAGGAGAAUGGGAACCCGUCCAUUGGGGCUGGGCUCAGCGACACCACCAAACCACCAUCCUAACAGCUCCCAGCUGCUCCUGGAACUGAAGGAUGGGUCGAACGAAUGGAAGGUUUUUGGGGAGCAGGAGAGCCUCCCUGGGCAGCGUGAGACGGAGGAGCGAGGAGGAAGGAGGGUUUGAUUUGUUGUUAUUUUUCUGGGAUGCGUUUUGCUUUUUUUUUUUUUUGGCUUAAAAAGGAAAAAAAAAAACAAAACAGAACAGUAAAAAAAAAAAAAAACCUGUCAAAAGGGAAGGAAUAAACGAUCCAAAGAUGUAUUGAGACAAAGCCAAGUGAAGAAGAGAAGGGAGGCGGUGCUGGAGGGCUGUGGUGCCGUUCCCUUCGCCUUCUCACGCACUGGGAAAGCAGAGCUGUGAUUGUUGGGAAUGCUUUUUGCCUUCGAGGAGCUUCCAGGCACUGGGGGGGGGACUGGCACUGCUCCUCCAUCAGGACUCAGCGCUGCUGAGCCACAACAUCCAUCACCAACAGAGCUCCCCCCCUUCGCACGGAUCUCCUCCUCUCCCCUGGAAACUGCGCUCAGUUCCUCCAUUCAGGUGUCUAUGCAUCUCUAGUGAACUUUUGCAAACAAUACCAAAGACAAGACAACGAGUUACACAAACACACACAAACACACAUAAAAAAAAAAGGUAAAAAAAAAAAAAAAAAAGAAGAAAAAAAGGCAAGUUUGUGGUCCAUGUUUACUGUGGUGUGGAUGGUACGGCACAGGCAAUGUGGGGCUGCCCAUGCACACACUGCUGGACUCUGCCCAGCCUUGCAGAGCUGGAUUUGCUUGAGCUCUAAGGAAGAAAUGAGUGUGUGCUCAUUGGGGGAGUUCAGGGUUAACCCCCCCUGCCCCCCCCAGUCACAUGUACUGCGGACUCAUUUAUACACCUUUGGGGUUUUUUUGGUUGUUGGUUGGUUUGUAGGAUUCCUGUUCUUUUUCAAGCCUUGUUACAGAGGUGGCUGUCGUUGCACAUUCAGGCCUGCUGCAGACCAUGGGACAGAGGUCCCUGUGAGCCCCCAGAAAGGGGGGGGAGGAUACUGGGGGGCAACAACAGCAGGCAGGGUUUUGACUACUGUGAAUGCAAUGGUAACUCCUGGGGGCAACCUCCUGUGACCUGUACAGUUGUGAGCAACAAUCACAAUCAAUCACAUGUGGUACUUCUUUCUCUCUCUCUCUGUCUUCUUCCCUCUCCUCUUUUUGUUUUGUUGAAACCUUGCACGUGCUGCCAUCUUUUUUUUUUCUUACCCAAUAGCUUGGUGGUACAUUAGCUUCUUUAUAUUGUAAAAAAGAGAAAAAAGAAAAAAAAAGAAAAAAAAAAACAACAAAAAAAA